UAAACGGCCUCAAGAUUGCCGAACUAAUCAAUCAACCCGCAAAGUUGAACAACAACAAUUUUGGUGGCGUCACAAUGAGGGAGAAAAAAGGUGGCGCCCUGCAGAAGCUCAAAAAGAGGCUAUCGCACAGUUUUGGCAGAUUAACUAUUUCCCGCGAGGAUGGCGACGACUCGACACAUCAUCAUCAUCACCAUCAUAAUCAUCAUCGCGGCGGUGGCGCUCAUCAUAAUCACGGUAAUAAAGUUCCAUACAAUGGCUACAAUUCGGAGGAGUAUCUGGAUCGCCUGGAACCCAAUGGCAAUAUACCCGCUGACAAAACAAAUUGCAGAUAUGGCGCACAAGAAUCUGCGAAAAAUGAUAAUAAUAAACCACAAGACUGGCGCAGCACGGAUAGCACCGACCAUCAUGAUCGCGUACAGCGACAGUUGUCGGUAUCGUCGGACAGCAAACUGUUGGAUGAGGACAUCAGGGAGGAGAUGAAAUACCAUUCGCAUGUUGUGAUGCGACCCAAGAAGCCGCCCAGACCCAAGUCCGAGGUAUUUCUCAAUAAACAGGAUCCACAUCCGCGACGAAAACGUUUUAGUGCAUUUGGUGGCGACUCACCAUUCGGCAAGCAGGAAGCCUAUGUCAAACUGGAACCGCUCGGUGAAGGCUCCUAUGCGACAGUCUACAAAGGAUUUAGCAAAUUAACCUACCAGCGUGUUGCACUGAAGGAGAUUCGCCUGCAGGAGGAGGAGGGAGCACCGUUUACGGCCAUUCGAGAGGCCUCGCUGCUCAAAGAACUGAAACACAGCAACAUUGUGACCCUACACGACAUUGUGCACACCCGCGAGACGUUGACCUUUGUCUUUGAAUAUGUGAAUACGGAUCUAUCGCAAUAUAUGGAGAAACAUCCGGGCGGUCUGGACCAUCGCAAUGUGCGUCUGUUCCUCUUUCAGCUGCUGCGUGGCCUCUCCUACUGCCACAAGCGUCGUGUCCUGCAUCGCGAUGUGAAGCCACAGAAUCUGCUGAUCAGCGACUGCGGCGAACUGAAGCUUGCCGAUUUUGGACUGGCCCGUGCCAAGAGUGUGCCCAGUCACACGUACUCCCAUGAAGUGGUUACGUUAUGGUACCGUCCACCAGAUGUUUUGCUGGGCAGCACGGAGUAUUCGACGUCGCUGGAUAUGUGGGGUGUGGGCUGCAUAUUUGUGGAGAUGGUGACUGGGAUGCCCACAUUUCCCGGCAUACGUGAUACCUACGAUCAGCUGGAUAAGAUAUUCAAAUUGCUGGGCACGCCCACAGAGGAUACGUGGCAGGGCGUCACACAUUUUCCUGGCUAUAAACCGCACAAGUUGGGUUUCUAUCGACCACGGAAACUGGGUCACAAUUUUCCACGGCUGUACGACAUCAUCGAGGGCGAAACGAUAGCGAACGCGUUCCUUCAACUCAAUCCCGAGCAGCGCAUCGGCGCCGAAGAUGCACUGCAGCAUACCUACUUUGCGCAAUUGCCAAAGAAACUCUACGAAUUGCCAGACGAAACCUCAAUAUUCACCGUAGAAGGCGUGCAGCUGUAUACGGAACCAAAUCGACAGAAUAAAUGAAAAUUAAAGCAGGUCCUCUCAGUGGAUGGCGUACGUUUCUAUUGUUAGACCAAAAUCCAAUCAGCCCAUCAACCCAGCAAUCCAGCAAAACUAUCAAUCCAGCAAUUAAUCAAUUCAGCAAUCUAAACAACCCACAAACAACAACUACAAAUCGGCAGCCAUAAAGGAAGAGUGUACGACAGAAGUUUUGCACCAGAAACAAUUCUUAGUACGAUUUCAAUUGCAGUAAAAUGUGGUGAACUGUGAAAUGGGGCGGGAAAAUCAAGGGGCAGCAGCAUCGUUAGCAUUUCAGUCAAAUUCGUGCCUGGGCGUGUUAAUUAGUUUAGUUACUUAGGCUAGCAUGUCGUCUUCGUUAGAGCCUUGUCUAAAAGGAUACUCAGCUUAGUCAAAUUUUUGCCCCAAGCAGAAGCACAGACUUUUUUCAAUAUAUUUUAAUUAAAUUUACAUGUAUUUAGACUGUAGGAUCGAUUAAUUCUGUCAACGGUUUGUAAUAAUUGUAUUAAAGCGAAAAGUUUUGUGCAAGUAUUUUUUCCUUUCUCUUAGUUUUUUAGUUUCGCAAUAAAUUGUAUAUUUUUCUAUGUUAUUGUGUGUAAAUUCAGCAAUAUUGUCCAAUUAUUACGAUCUAUUUUAUUCAUUUCAUAUGCAAUCAAUAACCCAGGGAAUGCUCCAUCAAACUAAGGAGUAUAAUAAAAUAUUAUCGAUAAUUUAAAUUAAUUAAUUUUUCUUUUCUUUUGUUUACAAUGCCUAGCAUAUAGUUUUUCUGGGGGAAUCCCCCGGGCCAUCUAAGACAAACAUAUGCAUAUGCAAUUGAUAAGUACAUAGUUCCGAGCACGUAAAUCACUUAUAAAACA